AUGAAUAAGGUCACUGCUAAUACAACUCCUUCAUUAGCGACUCUCAAUCUCCCCAAUAAUAUUAAGAGCAUUGACUACAUAAAUAGUGCCGAGCACAACAGCGCCUUGCGACGGAUAUCUGAGACAGACCUAAAUUUCACUCCUAAACAAACGUUAACUAGAGCAGCCACUAUCGAUAAUUACAUUACCACUUCUGGCCCUAGCAAUAAUAAUAGUGGUAGUACUAGAUCCCCAGGAUCAUCAUUUGAUAAAGCAAUGGUCCAGAACUGUCACAACAAUAGCAUGAAUAGCCAACACAACAGUUUGAAUGGCAGCAUAGCCUUGAUGGCGAAUGGUAUAAAUAAUAAAGACGAUGUGGAGUUUUUACGUAGCCAAUCGCGGUCACGGUCAGCAACCACUGCCAGCUCCAUCAGUUCGAUCUCUAGUGUCGGCUCUGCUCCUAAUUCGAAAAUUUCCUCGUCAUUCAGAAAAUUAUUUGUUAAGCCUCCUAAAAAACUGGGCUCGUUCCCAACGAGCGACGACCAAGAAGAUUUCUUAACAAUAAUCGACGAUAGUGACCAAACUUUCAUUGGAAAUAACAACAACAAUAAUAAUCCAAAUUCUGCCGGCGAUUCACACCAUAGAAAUUCCAAUUCUGUGUGUUCUCCUGAGUCAUCAUUCAUCUCUUCACUAAAUAAUUAUUCAAUGAUCACCGCCACAACAUCGAUUGAUACCUUUGAUGAUUCCCAAAGACAAGGCCCAUUGAGCCAGAGAGGUAGUGAGAUUAUUCGAGAAAACGUGGUUUAUAAGAACCCUAGCUUUUUCGGUAUUGAUCAAGAAGAUAUUGACCAAUUGAUGAAGUCGUCGUCAACCACAUUAACCAACAACCAAUAUCUUGCUGACGCCAACGAUCAGGAACUAGAUAUGUUUGGAGUGGAUAAUCGAGAUGACGAGCUCAAUGAUGAGUGUGAAGAUAACGAGUCAACUUACAAUGACUUCCUCAAAAGAUGUAAUGAGAACUCUAUCAAUCAACAACAGCAGCAACAACAACAGCAGCAACAGCAAACUCUGCAAUUUGGUAAAUUGAUGUCUAAGAAAUCAAUGUUUAAUUUCAAGAGAAGUAAUAAUUGUAAUAACAUCAAUGAAUCGCCCACCCGGAAUAGCGAUGUCGAAUCAAUCGAUCCAAAACAGAAAGCUCUUCCUUCUUUACCACCACUUUUGCUAGCGAAUCCCCUGAUGACCUCUUCACCAAUGACCUCGCCAGCUUGCUCUCCUAUUUCGGACACCUUCCCAACUUCGAAACUAGGAUCGAGGUCUAUUCUUCAUUCCCGGAGACAACAGCAACAGCAACAGCAACAACAACAACAAGUGUCAAGACUUAAAAAAAUCAGAUCGGUUCCUACUUUACGAAUCAAUAGUAAUCAGAAUACCAAUUUGAUGUAUAACAAAUACGAGAGAAAUUUGCCAAUUUCCCCUCCAGCAAUGCAAACAUCGUUUGCCAUGUCCAAGAGAGGCAGUCUUGGACUGAUUAAUAAUAAUAAAGAAUUUUAUUCUCCUCCACAAACCAGAAACUCACUUCCUUCGAGAAAUUCGAAUUCCAAUACCAAUUCUUUUUCCAUGACUUCUGUUUCUAGAAGCUCAGUCAGCUCUGCGACCUCACAAUUGUCCCAAAUGAGUCUGGUUUCGCAAUACGAAACUCCUGGUUUGAAAAGGUAG